CCCUGCCCGCCCUCUGACUCUACCAGAUAGAAAGACUCAUAGCUUCCUCCAAACCACAGCUCUCAGGAGAGUUAAGAGCUGAAGAGAUCUUCCAAAACCCAGGUCAUCAGAUCCUAGGAUCCCUCCAUUGAGAAGAAAGAUCAUUACUGUCUAUUCACAUCUGAGGCAUCAACCAACACCAUCCCUGGAUUUUGAGUCUUGCCAAGAUCAAACCCCUCACUGGAUUACAACUUCUCUGGGAAAAUCACCAAGUCCAUUCUAUAGAGACUUGACAGAUCUGAGGACGACAUCACUCCAAGGAAUCCUGUUAUCUCUUGGUCCUUCAUUUCCAAGUGACUGAGGCCAACUUCCUGCCCCUGUUGUCCCCUGCUACCAAUUCUAUUGCCACUAUGGCCACCUACAAAGUUAGGGUGGCCACUGGCAAAGACUUGAUGUCUGGGACAUUUGAUUGCAUCUCACUGACCAUGGUGGGAACUCAGGGAGAGAGCCACAAACAACGUCUGGAUCAUUUUGGAAGAGACUUUGCAGCUGGAUCAAUUGAUAGGUAUACUGUUCAAUGUGAUCAGGACCUGGGGGAGCUCAUUCUCAUCCGUCUGCACAAGGAGCGAUCUGCCUUCUUCCCCAAGAACUCCUGGUACUGCAACUUUGUUCAGAUCCAGACUCCUAAUUGCAUGACCUACCACUUCCCUGUCUACCAAUGGAUGGAUGGCUAUGAGACACUGGAGCUUCGAGAGGGCACAGGAAAGACAGUAUUAAGUGAAAAUCUCCCUAUCCUGUUGACCCAUCGUCAGGAGGAGCUUAGAGCCAAACAAGACUUCUAUCGAUGGAGAGUUUUUGUUCCUGGACUUCCAAACUAUGUACACAUCCCCAGUUAUCACCCCCCUCCUCCACCUCCUAAUCGGCCAGAAUGGAAUGGCUACAUCCCAGGAUUCCCAAUUCUCAUCAAUAUUAAAGCCACCAAGUUCCUGAACUCAAAUCUAAGAUUUUCCUUUCUCAAGACAGCCUCUUUUUUCCUCCGAUUGGCACCUGCAUCCCUGGGCAUGAAAAUUCGAGGACUGUUGGAUGAGAAGAGGUCAUGGAAAAAGCUAAAGGAAAUCCGGAAGAUCUUCCCUGCCACCAGGACUACCAUCUCUGAAUAUGUGUAUAAUCACUGGAAGGAGGAUCAAUUCUUUGGCUACCAGUAUCUCAACGGCAUUAAUCCUGUCCUCCUGAAACGCUGUCUCUGUCUCCCGGAGAAAUUCCCUGUGACUGAUGAAAUGGUAGCCCCAUCCCUGGGUGAAGGCACCUGCCUGCAGGCUGAGUUGGAGAAAGGAAAUAUCUACCUGGCAGAUUACAAAAUCCUAGAGGGCAUCGCCACUGUACAGCUUAAUGGACAUCAGCAAUACCACUGUGCCCCACUCUGCCUGUUGCACUGUGGGCCACAGGGAGAUUUAAUGCCUAUUGCUAUUCAGCUCAGCCAGACCCCUGGUCCUGAGAGCCCCAUUUUCCUGCCCACUGACCCUGAAUGGGACUGGCUCCUCGCCAAGACCUGGGUUCGUCAUGCUGAAUUCUACUGCCAUGAGGCCAUUUCUCACCUACUGGCAACUCAUCUGAUUGGAGAAGCCUUCUGCCUGGCUACCAUUCGGCAACUGCCCAUGUGUCACCCACUUUACAAGCUCAUUGUCCCCCAUACUCGAUUUACUAUCCAGAUCAACAGCAUUGGUCGUGCUCUCCUCCUGAAUGAGGGUGGCCUGUCUGACAGGGCAAUGUCUCUAGGACUAGCAGGUUUUGCUGAGGUGAUGGUCCGAGCUCUAGCUGAGAUCAAAUAUGAAGAUCUUUACCUUCCUGAUGACUUCAUCCGUCGUGGCGUGCAGGACCUGCCUCGAUACUAUUACAGAGAUGACAGUCUGGCUGUGUGGGGAGCUAUUGAGACGUAUGUGUCCGAGAUCAUCAAUUACUACUACCAGAACGAUGCUGCAGUGGAAGGAGACACAGAAUUACAAGCCUGGGUGCAGGAGAUAUUUGCUGAGUGUUUACUGGGUCGGGAGAGCUCAGGAUUCCCCACCUGUAUAAGGACAGUGCCUGAGCUCAUCCGUUAUGUGACCAUUGUCAUCUACACUUGCUCAGCCAAGCAUGCUGCUGUCAACACAGGACAGCUAGAGUACACAUCCUGGAUGCCCAACUUCCCAUCAUCCAUGAGGUGCCCACCCAUGCAGGAGAAGGGGCUGGCCACUGAAGAGAGCUUUUUGGAAUCACUACCUGAUGUUAAAACCUCAUGCAUUGUGCUCCUUGUACUUUGGACCCUUAGUAAGGAACCUGAUGACAAGAGGCCCCUGGGUCACUUUCCUGACAUUCAUUUUGUAGAAGAAGCACCAUGGAGGAGCAUUCAGAACUUCAAAGAACGUUUGGCCCAAAUUUCCUGCAAUAUCCAAGAGAGGAACAAGACCCUCCCCAUUGCCUACUACUAUUUAGAUCCUGCCUUAAUUGAAAACAGCAUUUCCAUCUAGAUGACUUUUAUUGGCCCCCCGCUGUACAUUCAUGAACAAACAUCCCAUUCAGGGCCCCCAAAAACUAUGUCUGCAGCCCUGACUUCUCUUGAGGAGUUAGGAAAUCCAUAUUCCUACCCUCAUUGACCUAACCCUUGGAGGGAGAGACUAUUUACUCCUCUGUGGAUUCCUGUUUGCUACCACUGGACAAGUCUUGAACUCUGUUCUUAAAACAAUGACAAAAAAAACACAACAAAACCAAUCCCCAAACCUCUAAACAAACAAACUCCACUUACACACACAUGAACAACUCAAAUACCUUCUAA